GGAGGCUCUCGUCAACCGGGACUCAGGGCACGCGGAGCGGGAGAUACGUGAGCCUGAACCACCGCAGCAGCCAUGGAGCCGAGCCUUCCGGCCAUCACACACGUCAUCUUCGACGUCGACGGCCUGCUGCUCAACACGGAGAGCCUGUACACUCAGACCACGGAGCGUGUGGUCGGCCAGUUUGGCAAGCAAUUCACGUGGGAGCUCAAGCUGCAGCAGAUGGGCAAAAAGGGCAGCGAGGCCGCUGCUGACAUCGUGCGCAGCCUGGACCUGCCGCUGACCCCGGAGGAGUACCUGGAGCAGUCAGGCCGCAUCUGGCAGCAGCUGUUCCCUACCACUGAGCUGAUGCCGGGGGCAGAGCGGCUCGUGCGCCACCUGCACCGCCACGGCGUGCCCAUGGCGCUGGCGUCCGGCGGCGGUGCGCCCGCCUUCAAGCUGAAGACGAGCCGACACGGCGCGCUGUUCGCGCUCUUCACGCACGCUGUUCUUGCCUCCACGGAACCGGAGGUGACGAACGGGAAGCCGGCGCCCGACGUGUAUCAGGUGGCGGCGCGCCGCUUCGCAGUGCCGCCAGCGCGGCCCGAGAACGUGCUCACCUUCGAGGACGCUCCCAACGGCGUGCUGUCGGCGCGCGCCGCCGGCAUGCCGUGCAUCAUGGUGCCCGACCCGCGCAUGCCGGAGGAAAUGACUCGGCCCGCCACGUUAGUGCUGACAUCUCUGGAACAUUUUCGGCCCGAAGACUUCGGACUACCCCCGUUUGAGGCAUAGCGAUCGCGAGGUAGUCGUCUCGACGGUUUAGGCGAAUUGUUGUUCCAGUGCUCGCUUCGGCCAGGGUGCCAUACCAGCCAGGUACAUGUUAUGCGUUUACUUUUUGCAGGGUCUUUACAGAUAGUGGACUUAGUAAUUGGGUUGAUUUUAAUUAUCUGUGUAACUUACCGCUUAGUUCCAAGCCUAUCCGUAGUCACCUUUGUAGAGUCACCUUGUCCCUUAGAGUCACCUUUGUAGAGUCACCUUAUCCCUUAGAGUCACCUUUGCGCCUGAUGGGAAUAUGCUUGCUUUUCUAAAAAAUACGCACGCUUUCCCCAGCCAGGGCAGCUUCGUUUGGAAAAAUGUGCGCGCUCUCCACACAUUUCCAGCCAACAUGUCAGGGAAGUCCGAAAGGUUCACUAUCGCGGGUAAUCUCUGCAUCGACGAUGUGCGCGUUCAGCCCUUUCUCAGAAGUCUGAUAGCCGAUAAGUGCAGUUCCGAGGUAUUUGACAUGCAUUGUGUGUCACAGGAUUUCACAGAAGGCUGGUGAAUGAGAUCCCCAGCCUGGUGGUCGAUUUGAAAAUGUGGUUUGUAGCGUCAGUUUGUAGAUGGUUUCGCGGCGUAGGGUACCGAAUAUAUUUGACUGGUGUGUCGGUAUUUUGGAGUGUGCUACCAAAUGUGUACGGCCAAAUACCAGACAAUACA